AUGUCAGAUAAGACGUAUCAAGUAAAAGUUAAGAAGGACCUUUAUCAGAAUUAUCCAAAGAGCUAUGUAUGCUGUGAACUAUCAGAAGGCAUUCCCAAAAAGAAGAAACGGGAUUUUGAAAAACCAAGAACUCCGGGAAACGGCAUUGAUGACACGUCGGAGAAGAUAGACAUCUACUACUUUGAUCACGGCAAUUCAGCGUACUAUCGAACAACUGAUGCUCCACCGAUACUGGCUACAGAGAAAUGCGCGGAACGAACGGAUUACAUCGCGACCCGUUUCUGGGCGGAAAUAUUCGGUACAAUUCACAUAGGAAUAGCCUUUGUCACAGCCUUUAUACUGCAGCUGAUAAGAUUUUUGCUCUUCAGCAUAGUAAGGCCACUUACAGUGGGAGUCGUACAAUUGAUUGCGGAUUACUUUCUGAAGCCAUCAUUGUCAAUAUUAUUCAAUGCGACGAUACAACCGGUACUCAUACUGUUGUACAAUAUAGCUACAUCUUUUCGAGACCUCUGUGAACCAAUAGCUGAGGGACUUGGUUUCUUUCUAAGAGAGAUAGCUCAGGUAUUCAGGGCGUUUAGGAUUGUCGAAGUGAACAAUUGCACCAACAACAGUUGUACGUGA